AUGUAUCGGCUUCUGUCCCCCAAGAAGCGCCCCGACCGUGAAGUUGAAGCAUGCUGUAUCCUUUCCAAAGAUGUCGACACGCCAGGACCCAAGAACUUGGUUCGAGCCCUCGAGGACUACAAACUGGAACAGGAUAAAUCCUUCGAAGACUGGGUCAAAACCAUCUUGAUGCUGCUCGCCCCAAACAUGGUAGAGAGCACCGUGCUCAUUGUAAGCGAAAGGGGCGCAAUGCAUGUUUUCAAGAACAACCCAUAUAUAAUAGCCGAUGCCAUCCUUGACGGUGUGUAUCAAGUUGCAUCAUCACCGAAGCAUCGACUCGGGAACAAGGUACUCUCGGGGAUAUAUGAGCGAAAGGAGUCUCAAUUUUGA